GCCCCCACGAUAAAAAAUUGUUUGCACAUGAAAUUUACAUCAAAGCAAUGAUUGGAAAAUAUGAUUUUGCAUACACAUAUUUAUACUUUAAUCAUGAUGUAUAUUCUCAGUUUAAUUUCAGAUGCUAAAUUAACUUACUUUGUUUUCUAAUGAUUAAAUAAUUUUUGUGCAUGCCAAACACAUUUUUGUACUGUUUGUAGCCAUCUGUUUUUCCUAACAUCUGAUAUCUGAUACCUGAUACCCUUACACUUUACUAAACGCGGAAGGACGAAUAUACCCUUUCGUUAUUUUCCCAAGAGUAGUCGUGUUCCAUUCCAAGUUUGGCCACAAAUUAGUAAACGCCGAUUGCCAUUAUAUUCCAAAUUCCAAAAACUGGAAAUCUAAAAGAGGGUUCUCGAUGUCACCAACCAUGAUCAGACGACCAGCGAUACUCGUUCUUCUCUUUAUCACCGUCGCUUCCAUAACUACCGGGGCCCAAGCAUCAAGAUCCAUCGUGUUCCACCCCCAGCCUAUUUCGUCCCUCGAUAUAAUCAAUACCACUCUAAACCAGAAUGCACCCUGUUCAUUUACGGUGAGCAUAAAGACAAGCUGCUAUUCACCAACACAAACUAGAGAUCAGAUCAGUCUAGCUUUUGGCGAUGCAUAUGGCAAUCAGGUUUAUGCACCAAGGCUAGAUGACCCAGUAAGCAGGGCUUUUGAGCGGUGUUCAACGGAUACAUAUACAGUAUACGGUUCAUGCACGUAUCAGAUCUGUUACGUGUAUCUCUACAGGAGUGGAUACGAUGGGUGGAUACCUACUGAUGUUACCAUAUACGGCUACAACUCCAAAGCUGUUACCUUCAUCUACAAUGUUAAUAUCCCUAGAGACACAUGGUACGGCCAUAAUUACUGUCGUUCACGGGCUGUAAAAUCUGUAGGAAACUUGGGCUGGACUUUGCUUUCUAUUGGUUCCACUCUGUUGUAUACAAUUGCUGGCCUGUUUCGUGGUUAGUUUAUGGGCCUUUUGGGUUGUAUCUAAUUUGGGCCUUUUGUUCCCUGAUGACCCUAGUCCAUGGAUUUGUGGGUUAGCUUGAACACUUUUUUAGGCUAAUUCGUGUCUUCUUGUAAUAAAUAAACGUUAAUUAGGUAUGGUUAGUUACUUACUUUGGUUCA